AUUAUUUCUGGUUUAGUUUAUUCAGUUAACAAAAGUGGAAGUCCUGACGCCGGGACCACAGAGGCUGCUUCAGUUCUCUGGCUCACAGAUCCAGAAUUAUCCACAACACAAAAGUUGUAUUCUUUCUUUUUUCAGCUCUUUUUCUUUUUUGGAAAAAAGGCCUCUCAAUAGGUCCCCUGAAGUGCACAUACCAGCAGAGAAUUAACCUGCGAUGUCUCUGAGCGGUGAUGUGUGUGUGGUGACCGGUGCCGGUGGAUUCCUGGGGAGGAGGCUGGUGAGGCUGCUGCUGGAGGAAGAGAGGACGGCUGAGAUUCGACUGCUGGACAAAGAAAUUAAACCCCAACUUCUGCAGAGUCUGGAAGACUGCCAAGGCGACACGAAGCUGACUGUUUUGGAGGGAGACAUCAGAGACGGUGGAUUCCUAAAGAAAAGCUGCAGAGGAGCGUCCAUCGUCUUUCACAUCGCCUCCAUCAUUGAUGUCACUGACUCGGUGGAGUACAGCGAGAUAUACGGGGUCAAUGUGAAAGGAACUAAGCUUCUCCUGGAGGCGUGCAUUGAGGAGAGCGUGUCCUCAGUCAUCUACACCAGCACCAUCGAGGUGAUGGGACCGAACUCAAAGGGUGAGCCCAUAAUCAACGGCACCGAGGACACCGUUUAUGAAUGCGCCCUGAAGUUUGCCUACAGUCAGACCAAAAAGGAGGCCGAGGAGAGGACCCUGCAGGUCCACAAUGAGCUGCUCCCAAACGGAAGUCGGAUGGCGACAUGCGCUCUGAGACCGAUGUACAUCUACGGCGAAGGCUGCCGCUUCCUGCUGGGCCACAUGGGUGACGGGAUACGAAACAACAACGUCCUGUACCGCAUGUCUUUACCUGAUGCUUUAGUGAAUCCUGUCUACGUGGGCAAUGUCGCCGUGGCUCACCUCCAAGCCGCCCGCAGCCUCAAAGAUCCCCAAAAACGAGAAGCCGUCGGGGGAAAGUUUUACUUUGUUUCUGAUGACACGCCUCAUAUUUCUUACUCAGACUUUAACCACGCCGUGAUGGCGCCUCUGGGCUUCAGCAUUCAGGAGAACUUGAUGGUGCCGCUCCGCCUCUUCUACCUGUUCUGCUUCAUAAUGGAGGUUCUGUGCAUGAUACUACAACCGUUCGUGCGCGUCGUCCCUCCGCUGCGCCGACAGCUCCUCACCAUGCUGAACACGACGUUCAACUUCUCCUAUCAGAGCGCUCAGAGGGAGCUGGGAUACACGCCCAGGUACACCUGGCAGGAGGCGCGGAAAUGCACCACUGAGUGGCUCGCCUCGCAGUUACCAGAGGAGAGGGAGAAAAUAAGAUCAAAAUGAAACAAGAAAAGCUGCUCCAAACACGAAGGAGUAUCUUUAUGUAUAUGUGAUAAAAGUCUCUGUCUUGCCUUCUUCAUUAUUUUAUACUUUGCUUUUUCUGUUUUUUGUUUCUUGCUUUGUUUUCUGUCUGAAUAUGUUCCUGAAUGUAAAACAGCAGAAGAAGAAGAAGUGGGUAUAACCUCAGAUUAUAAACACUGACGCCAAUUAAAGGGCCUUAACCCUUUGUUCUCUCUAACAGCCAGCAGGGGGCGACCCCACUACUUACAGAAAUCAAUGUUUAUCUCCAGACGCGCUCCUGAUUCUGACAACAUAUCUCACUUCACAUAUUCACAGAUUUAAACUUACACACCGGGUUUGACUGUACACUAGCUGCAUUCUCAGUUUGUAUACACUAUUAAAGUUCACAUGGAAGAAACCUCUUA